AAUCAGUCCUCCUCAUCUGGAGGAAGCUCAUGGGUGAAGCUGAAUCUCUCUACUCCCUUUAGACAUAAAACUACCAUCUGACAGGUUUCAGCUAUUUUGGCAGGAAAUACGAUUCAUUUUUUCAUUCUAGGCAUGCAGUUAGGUGUGAAUUAUGAACCCUUAUGUAAGUUUUUCUAUUUGCUAAGAUUACUGCUUUUUCUCCUUUAAAAAAAUCUAAUUUGUCAAUCAGCUCAUGUCUCACCUGGAGAAGGAAGGUAACCCUCUUCUAACAAAAGCAAUUCUUUUAAGAUACAUGACCAAAACAAGAAUAUAAAGCAUACUCCUGUGGCACCCUGCAGUACUUGGGGUUCUGUUAGGUUGCCUGGAGCCUCCCACCAGAGAUAUAAAAGUAUUCCAGUGUGAGCUUUAGAAUUCUGUUCCACUGAGCCAUCUGUCUUGUGCUCUGGAAGCCAUGCCCAGCUCUUCAUCCCCACUGCUUUUUAUGUCCUUUAUCUGCGAUGACUUUAUUGGACAUCAGCACUACAGUGUCAGCGCGCGUGGCUUGGGAGCAGAGAGCUGGCUGAGACAGGGUAAUGGUUUAAGAUCAGACAGCACAUCCACCUCGUGCCAAAGGUGAAUUGAUGGAAUUGUUUUGUUACACCAAGCACGGUAGAUAGCUCAUCGUUCAUGUCUGUCACUGCUCCGCUGGCAAAAGCCACGGGCUGCUGACUUUGCAUUGCUCCCAGGUUUCUGAGAGAUCACGUUGUAGCUCUACUUGACCUAUAGAUUAUAGAUACAGUUUGGAAAAAAAAAAUCUUAACUCUUUCAAAUGUUUAUUCCUAUGUUUUAAACAUCAUCCUAAUGUGUCAUAAUUACAUUUCAUUUUGAUAUUAGCAGUCACUGACAGGAAUAGCUAACGUCUUCCCUUCUAGAUCAGAGGAAGUGUAUGUCUCACUUUCAUGUCCUUUUACAGAUGUUAGAAGUGAUCAGUUCUCAGAAGCUCUAUUCUUCCUGAAGAGCUGUACCUGCUUCAUUUUGAAUUCCACUCAUUCCAAAUUGAUCCAUACUUCAGCUGGAACUCACUGGGUUGUCAGUCUAACAGUGUAAGAGCUAGAAUAGGAGCGUAAGAGGCUAUUGCCUUUCACAGUCUGCUGUUUAAGGCUAGGUGAAUAUAUAGGAAAAAUUAUAUAUUGGUGGGGACAGCAGGGAGUGGGGAUCCCUUAAAUAAAGGCAAAUGUGUGGUUUCACAUGAUAGAUGAGCUGCUGGGAUCUCAACGCCACUUUUAUUCUGUCAGUUACCCAUAGCUCAGCACCAGCCCCAAAACACAAGCCCUGAGUGCCAGCUCUGGGAUUUGCCACACCAUUUGUAGCCUCACUUUAUCUGCUCCCAGGCUGCAGGUCAGAAGACGGCAUUCACAGGAUAAUUCUCUCUGAGGUCAAGAGUUCGAACUCCUACACAAUUGUUUUAAUUACCAGCCACUGUUUCAUAGGUGCAGUUUCUGUCAGGAGCACGACACAUCUUCUAACCAGCAGACAGUGCUGCGGUUGUCCUAAACCACCUGCCAUGUGGAGCUCUGUUUGCAGACCCCCCUCUGCCUUCCGCUCUUGCCCUGGGUCUGCGUUCGGGUGUCCUAUUUUCAGUGUUUUACCCCUUCUCUCGUAGCCCUUAUCGAUAAGCUCCUACACGGUUUAUCAGGCCUCCAACCUCACGCUUAUCUUUCAGCGUGCCUCACUGGACGGACACCACACGCUCUGUCCCACAGCAGACUCUUCAGAGCCUCAUUAACCACCCCCCCAGACCCCUCCCAUCACCGACCAACCCCUCAGGGCACCCCUAGGCACCCACCCCACCCCGGGGCAGGGGGCGGCGGCGCGGGCAGCCCGGUGCCGCCCCACACUUUGGACCCUCCUCGCUUCCCGUCCGCCUGCGGGCAGCGAGCGGCGGCGAGCCGCAGCCUCUCCCGGAGGAGGCGGUGUGGGACGGCGAGCGGCGAGGCAGGCAGGCAGGCGGCUCCCUCCUCCUCCUCCUCCUCCUCCUCCCCCUCCUCCUCCCCCUCCUCCCCCUAAGAUGGCGGCAGACCCCGCGGAGCGCUUCUGCGUGGCCGAGGAGCGGAGCGGCCACUGCGCUGUGGUGGACGGGAACUUUCUCUACGUCUGGGGGGGAUACGUGUCAAUUGAAGAAAAUGAAGUGUAUUUGCCUAAUGAUGAGCUCUGGAUCUAUGAAAUGGAUAGUGGGUUAUGGACAAUGCACCUAAUGGAAGGAGAGCUACCUACCUCCAUGUCAGGAAGCUGUGGAGCAAGCAUUAACGGGAAGCUGUACAUUUUUGGUGGAUUUGAUGAUAAAGGAUAUAGUAAUCGGCUGUAUUAUGUUAAUUUGCGAACAAGAAAUGGAACCUAUAGGUGGAAAAAAAUCACAAAUUUUAAAGGCCAACCUCCUACACACGUGACAAGCUUCUGCUGGGUGUAUAAGGACAGGCUGCUUUGGGCUAAUAUAUUUGGUGGCUAUGGCUGUAGGAAGCAUAAUGGCUGAGUGAUUUGUUUUGAUGUCCACGAUGCGUUUUGGGAAGGACAGAUAUUCUGGGGAUGGCAUAAUGAUGUUCACGUUUUUGAUACAAACACACAAACUUGGUCUCAACCAGCAAUUCGAGGUGGAGAUCCGCCUCAGCCUCGAGCAGCUCAUACAUGUGCAGUGCUGGGAAAUAAAGGUUACAUCUUCGGAGGACGAGUGCUGCAAACUAGAAUGAACGAUUUGCACUGCCUGAAUUUAGACACGUGGACUUGGUCUGGAAGAAUUAAUAUCAGUGGAGAGAAACCAAAAGAUCGAUCAUGGCACACGUUGACUCCAAUAGGAUGAAGACUCUUUCUUUUUGGUGGACUGAGUUCUGAUAAUGUUCCUUUAAGUGAUGGCUGGAUUCACAGUAUUACAACAAACGGAUGGAAACAACUUACCCAUUUGCCAAAGAGUAGGCCUAGAUUGUGGCAUACAGCCUGCCUUGGAAAAGAAGGAGAAGUGAUGGUGUUUGGUGGAAGCAAAGACGACUUGCAUUUGAUGGACACGGGUCAUUGCAGUGACUUGUUGAUAUUUCAGACUCAACCUUACUCGCUUCUCAGGUUGUGUCUUGACUGCAUUGGUAAAAACGCAGCCCUCUUAAAAAAUCAAAUACCUUGCUUGCCAUCCAAACUUCUGCAGCAGGUGCUGAAAAAAAUAACUUUCUGGGCUGCAGUUAACCACCGGCAAGAGAAAAAAGCUGAAACUGAACGACAAUGUCAACUAAACACCACAUGAACAAUGGCAACGAAACUGUUGAACACUGGUUUAUUUACACUGUACAGCAAAGUCUUUUGUUAGUGAACUUUACUAAUGCUACAGAGCAACAGUAUGUUAAGCUGAGUUUCUAAGUGAAGUUUGAGAACAAAGAAAUCCUUUUUAUGGAAGUCUUUUGUUUUCUGCAUUAUAGGAAACUGAGAAAACUUGAUUUGUAUAUAUUGUUAACUUCUGCUGUUGUGGUCUUAAUGAGACAGUCCAUACAACUUGUUCUUUUUGAAGGUGACAUGCCAUAAAAAUGUUCUCAGUUGACCAAAAUGUGGCUUAAGUCUAAAAACUUACUAGAGCCUUAUCACAUCAGCCUUUCUGAAAGAAAUUAGUUUAACACCAUCUUUGGAAGACUCACACUUGUCCAUCCUGAAGAAGGUAACUGAUCUGUUAACACCACCAAAUCUUAUUAUUUGAUUUCACUGACCUCUGUCAUCUGAGUACAUAGUCAAAUGACAGAGCUGAACAUUGUACCCAACGUAUGAAAGUUGAUAAGCUGACUGUGGGACUUGAAGAGCACUGUAAUGAGCAGCAUUACAGUUUGCAUAGGAAAGCUCACAUGCUGCUCAUAAUGUGGUUUUACUAAGUUUCUGUAAUCAACGAGUCCUUUUUGAAAUAGGUUGUAUAUUGUAUUUUGGAUGUGUAAAGUUUAUAUUUAAUUAUUGUUUAAAAAAAUGCUUAUUUAUUGUUUAAAGAAGAGCAUAUGUAGUACUUGCUAUUUUUCUGUUUCAAAUACCCAGUUAACAGGAGCACAGUCAUUAAAAUUUUAUAGAGUUGGAGACCA